AUGAAUGAUGGCGCUCAGAUGUUAUCUUUAGAACAAAUUAGGAACGUCGUUGGAUUUCCCUCCCUUGAUGAUUUAUCAAGUUCACCAUCUGAUAUAGAUAAUGAUAUUCAAAUACUACUUGAUUGGAUCCUGCCAAUAAUCCCAGAGAAAAGUCUAGAGUUGUGCUUUCAACCAAAUUUACUACCAAAUCAAGCGACCACUACCACUUCAUCCUCCAGUUUCAUGAGUCCCGUUGGCCAAUUGUUGAAGAAAGAAGAAGCUAUUGAUCCAAAAUUCAUGUUGCCAAAGUAUUCUGAUCCAUCUCAUAGGGUCAAACUAGCAAUAAAGAGUUGUUUCAAAAACGAGUCUGAUCAAUUGAAGUUUAUCGAUCUUUAUGUGAACUCGGUUAAUACAAAAUUGAAGGCGUUACCACUGUCUGUUGUUGCUGAUCGUUCAUUUAUGGAAUAUAUCAAUAUGAUCAAACUUAUGAAGCAUCACUAUGAAACACAUCUUGACAACUUUAAUCUUUCCAGUCGUAUAAACUUAGCAUUUACUACGAAAUAUAAUUCUAUAUUAACAUCCUUUUUGUUCGACAAUACCCAAUUUCGUGAUGAAUUGAGCAACUUUUUUGAAAAAUCAUUAUUUAGCAACAGUGCACUUUCAACUCCACUUUCAUCUUCAAUCACAUUGAACGUAAUUGAUAUUAUCUCAACCUUGGUGUCGGUGAAUCUAUCAGAAUGUUUAAAUGAGAUUCUUGUCGUGCUAUCUAUCCAAAGAAUUAAGGCAUUCACCAAUCAAUUGUGUAAAGGGGUAUGGAACAAAGCAUUGUUGGAGUCUAUUGAAUCAUUCAUUCAAAAUGAAAUCUAUCCCAAUUUUUCCAUCAUUGUGAGUUACACCACACUGUCCAAUUUAACAGAUACAAUGAAUAAUGUGUACUUAUAUGAAUUGAUGAAAAUCGCUCACAUGGAGUUGACAUCCUUGAGAAUUAAAGAGAUUUACUCAUUAGUAUUGGAUUAUCCACAUAGUGAAAUUGCCCUUAAGGAGCUCCAUACAUGUUUGCUGAAGAACAAAAUUGAACAACACGAUGUGACAAUGAAUUCAACGGGGAUAUUUUCUUACAUGGGCGAUAUCUCAACUCUUGCCCAAGCGGAAAAGAGGUCUAAAUUGGUGCACCAUUUUAUUCUGUGUUGUCAUGAAAAUCUACUUCAUGCGGGUGCAAAUACUGUUGAUGUCAUCACGUCGUAUACUAAAACUAUCAAGUCGUUUUUAUUAAUUGACCACAAAGGUGUUCUUCUUGAUAAGGUGGUGAGGCCCAUACGUCGAUAUUUGAAGACUAGAGAUGAUGUUAUAGUGAAAUUGGUCUAUGGGAUGUUGGAUGUAUCGGGAUCAAAUAAAUUAAGAGAUUUGGCGUUGGAAUUAAACUCCACUGAAAAGUUCAACACUGCAGCUCAAAUCAAAGAUGGUAUUGAAGAUUCAUUAGACUUGAAUUGGGUGCCUGAUCCAAUUGAUGCGUUGCCAGAUUUUAAGAGAGGUAGAGUCAGUGAUACAAUUGAGUCCUUGUUGUCGAUUUUUGAGUCAAAGGAAAUUUUCAUUGAAGAGUUCACCAAAUUAUUUGGCUAUCAAUUGAUUGAAUCGAGAAAUUUCAAUGUUUCUGAUAUUGAAGCAAAAUUGAAUUUGCUCAAGUCUCGAUUUGGAAAGGACAAUUUCACAACCUUGGACAUCAUGCUACGCGAUUUCCAUACGAGCAAACACCUAAAUACAAGAGCUUCCCGCGACGUGGCCAUAUUGUCACAUUUAUAUUGGGAGUCAAUACUAGAUGAAAUUGAUGAGGAGAGAAAUUCUUUCGAAUUGCCACCACAAAUUGAGCAGGAAUUUGUUGAUUUCCAACACUACUAUAGCCAGCACAGACGAGGCAGAACUUUAAAGCUUGUUCCAAGUUUGGGUACUGUAAAACUCAGACUAGAUGUGGGCGAGCGAAUUCGUGUAUUUGAAGUGAGUACCGACAAGGCAGCAAUUAUCUCCAUGUUUGGUGAAAUCAAUCAUGACCUUUACAUUGAUGAUAUCUCGAAAUCGCUAAAAAUGCCCUUGCCAAUGGUUAGAGACGGGUUAUCAUAUUGGGUUGAAGAAGGAGUACUUUGCGAGUUGAGUAGAAAAAGAUAUAUUGCUAUUGACGCCAUGGAAUCAUCGCAAGAUAAAUACCCUAAAUCACAAUUUAGUGAUGUUGAAGUUAUUGAGCCGUAUGUUGUGAGAAUGUUGCUGAAUAUAACUGCACUUAAUUUUGAAAGGAUGAAAUCUUUGCUUAAAAUGAUGGUUCCUAAAGAUGAAAUUGAUGUGAGUACUAUGGAUGAGACUUUGUUGAAAUCAUAUUUAGAUCACUUGGUUGAAAUUGCAAAAAUAAACUGUACUGAUGGCAAUUACAGUUUGGAAAAGGAUCAGUAG